AUGUCAAGAGAAAGGGAGAGAUUUGAAGAGAUAGGGAAGAAGAUCAAAAGAGACACAGAUGCUUGGCCUCAUCAGAUGGCAGGAAUCAGAAGACCAAUGGCAAGUCCUCCGGGGAGCCUCAACACCAUUACUCCUUGUGCGGCUUGUAAGCUUUUGCGCCGUAGAUGUGCUCAAGAAUGUCCCUUUUCACCUUACUUCUCCCCACAUGAGCCUCAUAAGUUCGCAUCUGUCCACAAAGUCUUUGGAGCUAGCAACGUCUCCAAGAUGCUAAUGGAAGUACCAGAAAGCCAGAGAGCAGACGCGGCGAAUAGUCUCGUGUAUGAAGCAAACGUGAGGCUAAGAGAUCCGAUAUACGGAUGCAUGGGAGCAAUCUCAGCUCUACAACACCAAGUUCAAGCUUUACAAGCCGAGCUCACGGCCGUACGAUCCGAGAUACUCAAGUACAAUCAACGAGAAGCUAUCACCACUUUGAUCAUACCUUCCAACUCUCAAGUCACCGGAUUUCAUAACUCUAGCGGCGUCUCCGUCAUUCCACCACAGCCACAAACACCGUCAACUCCUCCGCAACCUACGGCGGCUCAUCCUCAGCCUCCUCCAUCUUCUUCUUGUGUUUUCUCUCAACCAUCCACAAGACCAUUAGAAUAUGGCGACAUUGAAAGUGAGAACAACUCCUACUUCGGUUAAAAUUUAUUUCAAUCAUUCUAUAGACGCAUACACUUACAUAUAAUUUAUUUCGAUAAUUUGUGGCGGGCGGUUAAUCAAAUUAAAUAAAUAUAAGGGAUGAAUGUUGAUGUUCAAAAGCC